CUCUUACAUUAUCUAAUGUUCCUUUGUCGAGUAAUAAGGACAGGUGAAAAGAGGAUCAUGGAGGUAUCUGCAGCAAUUGCUGGUCCUUGUGCUUUUUCGUUAGGCGAUGUGGUUCGUAGUAAUGGCUGUAAGCUUGUUGCGGAGAAGGCAGGCUUGUUGUCACCCUCCGGAACCGAGUGGGAUCGAGGCAAUAACGGAGUCGUUUCCUCCUAUGAUAGUUGUAUUUCUAGAGAAUAUAAUCAUCAAGGAAGCGAGGUUGAGAAAAUUUCAGCUUUGGAGGUUAAUUCUGUGAAAAUUUCAUCAACUAGUGAUGUUCAAGAUGUGAAGAGAGUUGCAGGUUUUUUCGGGGACGAUGACAACAAGUCCGACGAGUCCAAUAAAACAUCGUCGGACUCGAUCCUCGACGUGCAGCAGCAAAAGAGGAUAUGGAAAACUGAAAUCAAGUGUCUGUUUGAAUUAGGGAACAUACCCCUAUGGGGAUUUACAUCCAUUUGUGGUAGGAGACCAGAAAUGGAAGAUGCCGUUGUUGCCAUACCACGAUUUUUGCGAGUCCCUAGUCGAAUGCUGAAAGCCGAGAACGUAGCGAACGGAACGCAUCAAGGUUUAAGCGACCCAGAGACUCAUUUCUACGGUGUGUACGAUGGACAUGGAGGAUGUCAGGUUGCAAACUAUUGCCGUGAACGUAUGCAUUUGGCUUUAGCCGAGGAGAUAGAAAUGGCAAAAUCAUGUAUUCAAGAGGGAAAUGUCGAGCACGACUGGCAGGAACAAUGGAGGAAAGCAUUCUCCAGUUGUUUCAUCAAAGUCGAUGCUGAGAUCGGAGGGGUUCGUAAAGGUGAGAACAAUACCGAUAACGGACCUAUUGCCCCCGAAACCGUCGGCUCUACUGCUGUAGUUGCGGUUGUUCGUCCAACACAUAUAAUCGUUGCCAAUUGCGGCGAUUCGAGGGCAGUUCUCUACCGUGGAAAACAGCCCGUGCCGUUGUCCGUAGACCACAAACCUGAUAGAGAAGAUGAACACACAAGGAUAGAAGCUUUGGGAGGGAAGGUCAUACAGUGGAAUGGAUCUCGUGUUUUCGGUGUUCUAGCAAUGUCGAGGUCCAUCGGUGACAGGUACUUGAAACCAUGGAUAAUUCCAGAUCCCGAAGUGAUGUGCGUUCCUCGAGCCAAAGAAGACGAGUGUCUUAUCCUAGCCAGUGAUGGCUUAUGGGAUGUCAUGAGCAAUGAGGAAGCUUGUGAAGUUGCUCGAAAACGAAUCCUCCUUUGGCAUAAAAAGCAUGGGGACAAAUUAUCCGCAGAAAGGGGUGACGGAGUUGACCCGGCUGCUCAAUCCGCUGCGGAUUACCUCUCAAAGCUUGCUCUUAGUAAAGGAAGCAAAGACAAUAUUACAGUCAUUGUCAUGGACUUAAAAGCACAGAGAAAGUUCAAGAAGAAAACCUGACAGCAAGGAUACCUAAAAAGC